AUGUUUCAACCCCUGCAUUUGCCUCUCCUCCACGGGGUCACCACCACCACUGCCACCACCUCAACCUCACACCUCAGAGAAUACCGCAAAGGCAACUGGACCAUAGAAGAGACGCUAGUCCUCAUCACCGCCAAAAAACUCGACGACGAACGCCGAACCAAACCCAGCUCCGCCACAUACGACCCUACUCCGUCCUGUGGCCGACCCUCCGGCGAGCUCCGGUGGAAGUGGAUUGAGAACUAUUGCUGGAACAAUGGAUGUUUUCGGAGCCAGAACCAGUGCAAUGAUAAGUGGGAUAAUCUUCUCCGAGACUACAAGAAGGUUCUCGACUACGAGCUCCAAUCAUCACAAUCACAAUUGGACGGUUCUGAUCUUCUGCAAUCUUACUGGAUCAUUGACAAACAAGAACGAAAGAAUCGGAAUUUGCCCAGCAACAUGGCUUUUCAAGUCUAUCAAUCACUUAAAGAAGUAGUUCAAAAGAAAAACCCACAAAGACCUAUUACUCUCCAAGAAGCUACGGUAACUCCUCGUGUGGUACAGCCAGCACCACCACCAGAAGCUCCGCCUUCUGCGGUGGCUCAACCGGCAGUUUCAGCGUCAGACUCAUCCGAAACAGACAUGACCGGAAAGCUCGACUCUGAUACAAAACGCCGUCGAGUCCAAGACAUCGGAUCAAGCAUUGUACGUAGCGCUUCAGUAUUAGCUCGAACGCUUCGCAACAGUGAGGAGAAGAAAGAGAAGCGACACCGCGAUCUAAUGGAGCUCGAAGAACGCAGACUUCACAUCCAAGAAACACACAACGAAGUGAACCAGCAAGGAAUUGCCAGUCUCAUAGCAGCAGUAAACAACCUUUCGGGUGCCAUUAAGUCCCUCAUUUCGGACCAGCAAGACAGCAAAUGA